AUGGGUCAAACGCUCUACCCUCUGAGUAGUUGGCGUGUGUGUUCAUUGAGGCUCUCGAGAAGCCAUCUGCAUGUUAUCUUAACGCUGAAUAGGCAUUGCCUUCGCUGGAUCUCAGUCAAUCGCCUUCAGAAGAAUCAAAAAACACCUUUGGGAAGAAUCAGCCAAGGCACCGUCAAAAAGGCACAUUCUGCGCUAGCCAGGUACGAGCAGAAGCGCGAGAAGCAUCAGGCGGAGAUGGCGGCGCAGCAGAAGGAGCGAGAGGCAGCGCUAGAAGAGGCCAAGAAGUAUGUUGUUCUAGUGGCCACAUCGCUACCUCGCACCUGGCGUGUUACAAGUGGUAAUUAA